GAUCUGGUUUGCAAUAUGUCAGAUGGCUGUGGACGGGGAGGGGAUGAUGGAUCCAGCCAGCCAACCAGUGACAAGCUGCAAAAGAUGACUUCAAUGAAAGUGCGGCGUGUCCAGCCUACGAGCGCAGUCCUGGUCCAGGAACAGUCAAUCUCGGCCUUUGAUAUUCAGCUCCCAAACUGGGGCAAUGGAGAUGGAAUAAAGGGUUCAGUGCAAAUCGUACAGUGCAGUGUACCGGAGCCCGGCCGCUGGAAGUCACCAGUGAGCUUCACUCUGACAGGAGUCAGGAUGAGAACCGCCCCGUUUCUGCUGCUUUUUGCAGCGGUGUCUGUGUGCAAGGGCCAGGAAUCAUGCGAAAGUGGACAGUAUACCAGCGAUGGGAAAUGCUGUUCUGUAUGUCCUCCUGGGGAAGGUGUGCUGACACCAUGCGGUGAUAAAGACACUGUAUGUACGACAUGCUUGGACAGUUUCUCUUAUUCAGAUAUCUCAAGCCAUACUGAGCCCUGCAAACCAUGCACUGUGUGUACGGGUACAAAAACCAUUGCUAUCCCCUGCAUGGAGAACUUUGACACUUCCUGUGCAUGUAUGAAUGGGUAUUAUGAGGACACUAAUGGAGAGUGCCUUCCAUGCGAUAUAUGCAAUGAGGGAUUUGGAGUCCUGCAACAGUGUUCUGAGGAAAGGAAUACAGUCUGUGAGAUAUGCCCUACAGAGACUUAUUCUGACCAGAAGAGCAGUGUUGAUCCUUGCCUCCCAUGCACGGUCUGUGAAGAUUAUGAAAAAAUGAUCUCGGAGUGCACACCUAUAAAAGACACCGUUUGCAUCUCAAAUCGUCACCCAAGACCUACUGUAGUUAGCACCGUGAUCCCUCCGAAAAUUGUCACAACAACGGAGAUAAUGACCACCACGGCUGUUCCAAGCUCACCACAGUUUAUUGGGCAGGGCAACACCGACAACAUCAUUCCUGUCUACUGUUCUAUCUUGGCUGCAGUUGUGGUUGGACUUGUGGCUUACGUGGCUUUUAAACGAUGGAACAGCUGUAAGCAAAACAAGCAGGGAGCCAAUAACAGAACGGUGAAUGAGACGCAGUCUCCAGAGGGGGAGAAGCUGCACAGUGACAGUGGAAUCUCAGUCGACAGUCAGAGUCUACACGAGCAGCAGCAGAAGCAGCAGCAGCAGAAACAGCAGCAGCAGCAACAGCAGAGCCAAGCUACACGGGUGGAACCAAGCCUCUACAACACCCUACCUCCUCACAAGCAGGAGGAGGUGGAGCAGCUGCUGAACACUUGUGAGGAGGAGUCAGAAUGGUGCAACCUGGCUGGGUUGCUGGGCUACAGCGAGGAACACAUAGACACUUUCAAGCAGGACGAACACCCGGUGCGAGCCCUCCUCUCCGACUGGUCAGCCAAGGACUGCGCCACCACAGAUGCGCUUUGCACUGCUCUACGUAAGCUGAAAAGAGAUGACAUCGUUGAAAGCCUCAGCAAUGAGCCCACAGCCAUGUCGGUCGUGUGAGAGUGAACCAGUCAGCCUUAAUUCUCCUGAAUGUUCCUUUUGGAAUGACUGGAUAUAAAAGAAUGUCUGAAGGAAAAGGGGGUUCAGUUCAAUGCUUAAGAACAUCCUUCUGUGCACUGAUGCAUAACUUCCAGUAUUGUCCUGCCUUCUCUCUUGUACAAAGUGACUGUGUGCCGCAGAAGCAGAAACGCUUUCAUGUAAUUAAAUCAGAUUUUGUCUUUUCUGUAAUCAUUAGGAAAAAUAUUAUGUGCACAUUUUGAAAUGGGCCAGGUUUAGUUAAGCCCGAGUGCUAAACGGGACAUAUGUGUAAAUGUCAAAGCAUGGACAUUGUAUCUUUGUGCUACAGCACUCUCAGCUAAACAGAAAAGUAUGUUACGGUCCUGUACAUUGUUAGCAGUCCUCUCCGCAUGUGUCAAACUAGUGUUUGUGUAACUAAUUCUAGCGUAGUCCAAAGCUACCAGAGAUGUUCUGGCUAAUUCUUAGUCCAGGAUGUUUGUGUGUCUUUUCACUGUGGAUUCCCUGAAAAUUUAGGGAAAAGGCAAUGCCACAUGACUUUGGAAUUUUUAACAAUCAUCUGGGCAUAAAUAAUAAGUAUCAGGGAAAGUUUUGUUGCAGUUUCAACCAGCACAAGGGACCUCUGUUAUCUUUAACUCUUCAUCUUAAAAUCACGUGGCUGUGACCAAGGCAAGUGGAGAAGAGGGGUCUGAUGCCGUGACAAGAGAGGGCAACAAAUUUCAUCCUGUCACAGAACUCUCCACCCACUCUAUGAAAAUAAUUUCAGUUUCAUCUAGGGAUACAAGAAAUGAAAUAUAUUGGAUCAUUUUCUCAACAUCUAUUCCAAAGUAAGAUGUCCAUGUUCUAAGUAAUUACUACUUCUGAAUAUAAAUUUGUAAUGGGAUUGUUGAAAGUAUUAGUAGGAUUAGCAUUUGAUAUAGAAUUAGUGACUGUCCCUGAUUCUAAGCCAACUAUGGACUAAAUUACUAUCACUGCUUUUCAAUAAGAUCCAAGGUCUGUUUUUGAGUUGUUCAUUUUAAAUAGUAUAAAAAUGCUGCACUGUUGAUCUCAAAUAUUUAAACUACUGGGGCAAUUAUUCUUAACUGUUCACCAAAUGUUUUCUUCCAAUUUUUAAAACCACGUAUUGCCAUAAAAUAUGACUUUGCAAACAGCAGCUGAUUAAAAUGGUUAAGCGUGUUUGAGGCAGCUGUCGAUAUCUAACACAUUAAUCAAUGAUUGUAACUUCAGUGCCUAGUUAAGACUCCAAUCUUCAGAGAGAUUUCUUUUAAGGAAGGAAAUCUGUCAUUCUUACAAUGGUGAUCCAUAAGUAGGUCCAGUCUCAUAUCAAAGUGCCCUCUAAAGUCAUCUAACAUGUCAUUAGUUGUAUCAUACCCUUCUCAGGGCAAUUUGAGAUGGGCAAUAAAUGUUGGGCAUUCAGGUGAAAUCCAAAUGUAUGAAAUUAAUUUGACUAAAGAGAUGUAUCUGUGGUGAGCAUGUCACUUUGAAUUGGCUAGUUUAUGUUAUAGUGUCACUGGCCAACCUGAGAACUUUACCCUUUAUUGAUGAAGAAGUGUUCUCUCUGUUCCUGCAUGCUGGGUUUUUAGGCUGUAUUGUUGGCUGAACAUUAUACUUUGUUUUUUUUUAUGGGGAAGUCUCCUAUGCUAGUGACCCACAGCUGUGGUAGAGAGGUACACCAUUAAGUGCCGACAAUCUUUUAAAGGUUCCUCGACAGCUGAAAAUAUGUACAACUGUCAGGGAACCAAAGUAAUGUAUAAAACACAUUAACAUUUACUGCUAAAUAUGGUUGUACUCUUUCUGCAAAUGAUCUCAAUUUAAGAGCAUCAGUUGUUAAAUAUUUCAUUCAAAGUUAUGUCGAAAUGUACAAUUUUCUUUCAGAUUGCUGAAUGUCAAGCCUUUUACUAAUUAAUAAAGUUAACGGUAUUAUAAAGUUUACUAGAAUUUUUAUCAAAGAUGUGAAAAAAAUGGAUGUGGUGUACAUCUGUU